GCAUCCUGGGGUGCUUCUCUUGUCUGUUUGACUUGGGACGUUAGUUUCGUAGUUGCGUGUUUAUUUUAUUUACGUUGGCUUCUAAAGGGGGACUCGGUGGUGAAAUCAACUUUUGGGCUGACUGAGUCACGAAUGGGCGGUGUGGGAGUGGCCUGCAGCAGCAGUGUCCGGUUUUAAACCCACACGUGGUCGGCGUCUUGAGCUAGUUUUGCGCUCCACUCACUUAUCAGAAACUUCCGAUCGACUCAUGCUACACUCUGGGCCGCAUCCAUCGCUGCGUGAGUGGGCAGAUGCAGACUGAGAUUUCAGCAAGCAUAAUGCCGUUUUACCAUCUCGACCAGUUCGGUGUCCUGGACGAGAUGAUGUGCAAGCAGUUCCUGAGUUUUGACUUGAGAGGGCAUGACAGUCGGCCGUCAUCCCUCAGCUCAACAAUGAAGACACCAGGCUAUAUUGGACGGGAACGUAGUUCUGACACAUCCUUGUCUCUCAGCACCAGUCCGACAGACAAUGUCCAUAUGUCCCCCAGUAUUUGGGGGCAGCGACCGGAGAGCCACCAGGCUUCCCUUCUUGUUAAUUCCACCCAGUGGCGAAAGCAACGCUUCCUGCCUCAGCGCUCGGUCAGCAUGGUGGAGACCUCCAGUGCCACAGCGGCAGGUCUAGGCUGGCCUGAUUCAGACAUGAAGGACCCUCAGGAAGACAUCAACCCCACCAUGCUGAACCACAGCAUGUCCACCUCCGCCACUUCCUCCGCCUCGACCCGCUACAAGACCGAACUGUGUCGUUCCUUCACAGAGAACGGCAUGUGCAAGUAUGGUGGCAAGUGCCAGUUUGCCCAUGGGCCCGAGGAGCUGCGGGAUCUCAGCAGGCAUCCAAAGUACAAAACUGAACCGUGCCGUACGUUCCACACCAUUGGCUUCUGUCCGUACGGGAUCCGCUGUCACUUUGUCCACAACAAUGAGGAGGGAAAAAAUCACUUGCCCAGCUCCUUUUCCUCCUCGAGCUUUGCACCCCUGCGUCUUCCCUCCGCGCGCUCUCACAGAAUCCCGCUCAUCAGACAGAGCGUCAGCUUUGCAGGAUUUCCUUCUGCUCCCCAGCAAACCAUUCCUCCUCAUCCUCCCCCUGCCUCUUACUCACGAGCGCCAUCUGUCUCUCCUCCUUGUGCCGAUAUCACCAAUCUCCUCUCUAAUGUCUUCUUAGAGAUGGACUCUACUACCUUUGAGGUCUCCCCUGCCCCCCAGUAUCAAGGCCCCAGUGCUGCAGAGCCAUUAUCUUCUUUCCUGCCCUCCCCAGACUCUGGCUGUUCCCCUUCUGGUUUGUCUCCUGCAUCCCCAUCCCUGAGGCAGAGCCCUGGUGUGUCUGCUUUCUUUUCGCGGUCGCUCGGCACGAGAUCCCUGUCCUAUACCUCCCUUUCAGAUCAGGACCAGGAUGGGAGCAGCUCGUCCGGCUCACUUAAUGGAUUGGAGUCAUGUGGCGGCAUCAAUGACGGAAAACGCCUCGCCGUAUUCAGUCAACUCUCAGUUCCUGAGGACGCUGCAGGACUCUGCCUUUAGGCUGCACCACAAUUCGCAUACCCUUUAACACAGGGGCACACGCAUACCCAAAUCCUCACCCGACUUGAAAUGUUCCAGUCAAUGCCAUAUUGCAGAAAGGAGUUCCUAAGGAGUGCAAAAACAUAGCAAAGAUAGAUGGAUCAAAAGUCUGCUCGGAUUCCCACUGAGAUUAUUAUACGCGUGUCAAAGCCAAAGACCUUACCAUUUUGUAGUUGAAUAUUGAGUAUGGCGGAAUCAGGACCAUCGUGUGGCCUGAUGUUUAAGAGGCACUGUACUGUAUUGCUUUAUAAGCUGCUCGCUCUUUCCGCCAAACCGUGCAGUCUGAGGUCAUGGGGCGGUCACUGGCCUCAGAUCAGAGGCAUUAAAGCUCGUUGUUGUGUUUUUAAACAACUUGAAAGUACCUGUCGUGUUGCAGGUCACGUUGAUUCCAGAGAGAUGUGUCUAGGGAGGGGUUUUUCUUUUUUUUUUUUUUUUUUUUUUUUGGUCUUUAUGAGUCAAAAGUGUUGCAAACAAGCUCAAAUGUCAAAAAUGAACUCUUCAACCAGAUGACACUCCGAAGUUGGCUAACUGAUUUUGGUUGUUAUUUGCUGACGGUUAUAACAUUGACAAUGGAGCAAUGACUUCAAGAAUCUUUUCACCUGGUGCCAUCAUAAAGUUUUGUUUCAGUGAGGACAAGUGGAAGAUCCGACUUUGUGCCCAGAUUUUUUUUUUGUUUCCCCCCUGCACACUGAUGUUUUGAUGAGCACAACCAUCAUCUUGUUUUCUCUCAUCCAGUAUUGGUUCUCACUGUUCAUGCUUCAUGUAUUGUAAUGAUAGUGUAGUGUUUUUUUUUCAUCACUUAAGCAGCAAACUAAAGUUAAACCUUUUAGAGCUGUUACUAGCUUGUUUUUGUGUGCUCAAUGUAGUUAGGUGAUAGCAUCUUGUUGCGCUAUUUAAAAGGGUGUUUUCAUCGUCUCGUUUUGAGACCUGUUUAGUGGUGUAGCUCUUUAGUAAAUUAAUUUAAUUUAUUUUAACCUAUUUAUAGAGGACUUUGAGUUGGUAAUGCUUGUAUCAAGUUUAAUAUAUUUGAGGGUUUUCAUUUUCUUUGUUGAAAUAAAGACGUUUCUAAAAAAAAAA